CCGCAGCAUUACGAGGGGUGCGUUUGAUUACUGCACAACUAAAUGGCGGAUGAGGACAAGGGGCUGCAGCUCGAACAAUAACACCUCACUUUCCCAGCGAAGCGCUUCUUAAUCGUCUCAGUCUGCCGAUGCAAAUCCCGCAGUCGUUCACAUGUGGCUAUAGUAAUACACUGAUUUAGUUUCGACACGAUUGAUCGCGGAUUGUAGCGGAGCUCCGGAGGAAGUCGGUCUCUUGAUGGUGGUUGUAGUAUGGGGGACUCGCUCGGUCUGAUCGGGAAGCGGCUGCUGCUGCUGCUCAGCGACGGGAGCUCGGCAGCGGCGGCGGCGGCGGCGGGAGGAGGAGGAGGAGGAGGAGCGGUGGAGCGGGCGGCCUGGCUCCGCGGAACCGUGCGGGCGGUCAGUGUGAUCGGUCUGGCGAGCCCGGGGAUGGAGGUGUUUGUAGAGUUUGACGACAGCCCUUGGCGGCAGCGCUCAUGGGUGCAGGUGUACGGGGCUAGCUGUCUAACACUCGUUGUCUUCUCUAGACCAGCUCUCACCCCCAAGACCCCUGCUCUAGCUACUGCAGGAUUUGGUAAACAGUCGAGUGAGGCAGUGUUUGGGGAUGUUCCCACACAGGCCAAUGGUUCUUCCCAGGAGGACAAGCCUUUUGGCUUUCCUUUUGGAGCUGCGAAGGAGUCACAGAGGCAGGACUCUGAUCCCUCACAGAACCUGUUCUUCCAAAUCAUGUCUCAGAACCAGAGUAUCACGCAAGGCCAGUCAAAGGCCUUCAAGUCCUUGUCCGAGUGCCUGAACAAGGAGCCGCCCAGCCUGUUCAAGCCUGCCGCUCCUUCCGAGGGUUUCAAAAAGGCGGUUGUAGCUUCUGCAUCCGCUGGACUGUUUGGUUCAGCACCUGCUAGUGGCCUGGCACCAAUGAAAGAGCCGCCAAAAGUGCCUGAUAUCAAGCCUGCAGGCAAUGGGAUCCUAAUGAACAAGCCUUUCGGAGCGGUGGGGGAGGCGCACAGCAAACUUCCAGCUGCUUUUCCCUCAGCCACAGGUCAAGCUGUGAGCUCUGCAGAGGCUCUGAAUCCCUCUUUAGGAUUAGGAACCAGCGGACUUGGAAGUGCCAGAAAUGUGAACAGCUCGAGCCCAGUCAGCAGUUUUGGUCUGCUGGCUGGCAACAAGGUUUCGGAAACUCACGAGAACCUUUUCCUACAGGCCACGAAGGAAACAAAUCCAUUUCUUGCUUACGGCGGAGCUGUUUCGCACAGCCCUUUUAGUGCAUUGUCAACUCCCAAGUCGUCAUCUGCGCUGUCCGCGUCUGCUGUCUCACCUUCAGGCAGCUCCGGUCUACUUGGUCAAGAUCCUCCUGGUGGUGAUGCCAAACCAAAUCUGUUCACCAUGGCAGAACCUCCUAAGGGAAUCUUAGCCCCCCAAUUCCCUGCUCCUGCUCUCACGACCACUCCGUCAUUCACUUCGGCUGCCCAGGAUGGACAACAAACGUCCAAACCAGACAAAGAGGGUUCAGAUGGCAGCACGGGAACUCACCUCGACACCGAAGGCCAAGAUGUGGCUAUGCCUUUCGACCAAACCAAGUUUUCUUUGGAGGAACGCAGUCAGUCCAUCAAAAGAGAUUCAGAGUCCAGUAGCAACAGUGACCUGUCUGAUUUGAGCGAGGGGGAGGACAACUCCGGCCAGAGCCAGAAACCUGGGGUUUCCUCAGCCAUUGAGGAUAAGAAUAAGACCCAGCCUGUGGCUAAGAGCCGGCCACGGAGCAAACCCAUCAAAGUGGGACAGUCGGUGUUGAAGGACCAGAAUAAGGUUCGGCGCUUGAAGCUGUCCGGAGAGUCCUUUCUGCAAGACGGCUCCUGCAUUAACGUGGCGCCACACCUGCACAAAUGCCGCGAGUGUCGUCUGGAGCGCUACAGGAAAUCCCGCGAGGAUGAAGACGAUGAUGAUGACCCAAACGUGGCCUGCCGAUUCUUCCACUUUCGCAGGCUGGCUUUCACUAAGAAGGGAGUCCUUCGCGUGGAAGGCUUUCUGAGCCCGCAGCAGAGUGACAGCAUGGCAAUGGGGCUGUGGCUCCCCUCCCUCACAGCACAGGAAGGACUUGACCUGGACACGUCCAAAUAUAUUUUAGCAAACGUGGGUGACCAGUUUUGCCAACUGGUCAUGUCAGAGAAAGAGGCCAUGAUGAUGAUAGAGCCCCAUCAAAAAGUGGCAUGGAAGCGCGCUGUGAGGGGAGUGAGAGAAAUGUGCGACGUGUGUGAGACAACGCUGUUCAACAUCCACUGGGUGUGUCGCAAAUGCGGCUUCGGCGUUUGUCUCGACUGCUACCGGCUACGCAAGAACAGGCCACCUGAAGACGAGAGUCCUGAAGAAGACGUGUUCUCAUGGCUGAAGUGUGCUAAAGGCCAGCCACACGAACCACAGAACCUCAUGCCCACUCAAAUUAUACCUGGCACAGCCUUAUACAGCAUAGGUGACAUGGUACACGCAGCCAGAGGUAAAUGGGGGAUCAAAGCGAACUGCCCCUGCACUAGUCGACAUAACAAACCCUUGGUGCGGCCCAGUGCUCCAAACGGCCUUUCACAGUCGGGUGCGGCUAACAGUGUGGGUAAUGGAGCCACUUCCACAUCAGCCACAACCCGUCCAAAUGGGGAACCUGCAGCGGGUGCAGUAGUCAAAACAGAGCCUGUUGAAGAGGCGGGCAGUGCUGACACAACGUCAGGCACCAGUGGGUCAAACAGCAGCACUUCUAUCCCUGCUCCCGUCCUCACACCAGCUGCAAAAGAUGGCAAGGGCAGUUCCUCAGCCCUUCACUGGCUGGCUGACCUGGCCACACAAAAGGAGCCCAAAGAGUCUCUGCGCUCCGUGAUGGGUCGUGACUCUCGUACUCCAUUUGGUCUGGACUCCUUCGGCACCCUUUCCAAACACUCCGGGUCUAGUCCCAAGCUCUUCAAUAGUCUGCUGCUGGGUGCUGGCCCUUCCCAACCCAAAGCAGAGGGCACUAGUCUCCGAGAUCUGCUGAACUCUGGCCCCGGAAAGCUCCCGCAAGGUCCCGCCGAGGGAGGUGUCCCCUUUCCUUCUGUGUUCUCCACUGCUGGUCAGGCAGAUAAAAUGAAGGGAGGACUUCCUAACUUCUUGGAUCAUAUCAUUGCAUCAGUGGUGGAGACGAAGAUGGCAGAGGGUCGACGUUCGUCAGGGUCAGCAGAAGGCGGCGAGUCAGGGGCUGUUCCUCGCAGAGAGGGCUUGAUGGGUCUCAGUGUAUUAGACCCCCACACUUCACACUCCUGGCUGUGCGAUGGCCGUUUGCUCUGCCUGCAGGACCCCAGCAACAGCAACAACUGGAAGAUCUUCAGAGAGUGCUGGAAACAAGGACAGCCUGUGCUGGUCUCAGGCAUACACAAGAAGCUGAAGGAAAAAUUAUGGAAGCCAGAGUCCUUCAGCCAGGAGUUUGGAGACCAGGAUGUGGACCUGGUCAACUGUAGGAACUGUGCCAUCAUCUCUGAUGUUAAAGUCCGAGACUUCUGGGAUGGCUUCCAGGUUAUUUCCAAGCGUUUGCAGGGUGGAGAUGGCCAACCUAUGGUACUAAAACUUAAAGACUGGCCUCCUGGAGAAGAUUUCAGAGACAUGAUGCCCACUCGGUUUGAUGAUCUCAUGGAGAACCUUCCUCUGCCAGAGUACACAAAGAGAGAUGGCCGGCUCAACUUGGCCUCUCGUCUUCCAAACUUCUUCGUUCGGCCAGAUCUGGGUCCUAAAAUGUACAAUGCUUAUGGUCUGAUCUCCACAGAAGACAGGAAGGUUGGCACCACUAACCUGCAUCUGGAUGUAUCCGAUGCCGUCAACGUAAUGGUGUAUGUGGGCAUCCCAGAAGAAGAUGGUGACCAUGAAAACAAAGCAGACCGCGCUGGAUUCAAAGUUCAAGAAGGCAAGAAAUAG